AUGGAACCAAGAUCAAGAGAAACUACUCCUACAAAAGAGGAUUUGGAUUUUAUAGUUGAUGAUGGUUAUAGACAUGAUGAGGAUCCAGAUUAUGUUCCAAACGAAAAAUAUGUUGUUACUGGAUCAGAGUUCAAAAAACUAACCAGAAAUGCUAAAAAGCUUGGUGCUGAAUCACUUGAUUAUUCAACCCGAAAAAAUAACAAAUACAUGGCCACACUUCCAGGUGGGAAAAAAGUUCAUUUUGGAUCACCAAAAUAUCCAGACUACACUAUUCACAAAGAUAAAGAGCGAAGAGAUAAAUAUCUUUCUAGAGCUGCAAAGAUUAAAAAUAAACAGGGAGAAUUAACUUAUAAUAAUCCAGAAUCACAAACUAUUGGUCAACAAAGCUUCUUUGGCCUAAAAAAUAAAAUUGAUUUAUGAUUUAAAGAUUAACUAAAUAUUAAUAAAAUGAUGUUAACAAGUUACGAAAAUAUUAACCAAGAGAAUAUUAUCUUUAAUGAAGCCAAAGAGUACAAAGUCAAAGAUAGCAAGAUUAAAUACAAACGUAUCCCAAUCGAGGUAAAAUAUCCAAAUGGAAAGAAAGGAGCUUUAGUAUUAGAAUCUCCAGUUCUUUUUAGUUUUGGUGUUAAUGAAAAGAAAAAUCAAGAAACAAACAAGUUAGUAGGUUAUAGUAUUCCAGUAUGUCUUUGGGCUAAAGAUAGUGAACCUAAUAAUAAAGAAAAAGCAUUUUUUGAUGUUAUUAAUAAUGUAACAACUCUAUCUCAGCAACAUUUAGAGAAUGAAUAUGGACCAGAUCUAGCAUCAACUCUAUCUUCACCAUUUUACUACAAACAAAUAGAAUACACAGACAAGAAAGGAAAAAGAGAACAAAAACUGAUGAUGCAUCAGCACCAGUUCUUUACGCAAAACUUAUUUACUCAGAAAAAUCAAAGAAAAUUUUAUCUUUGUUUAAGGGAAAGGGAGGUCGUGAUUUAA